AAUGUUGGAUAUAUGUUGGGUUGGAGUGAGCAAAAGAAAGUAAUCUACAUGCGUUUAGACAUUUUGUCUGUUGACCUUAUUGAUAAUCUGUCUUGACCAAUCAGAUCUAUGCAUUAGAAAUUUCCUCGAAUCCAAUUGAUAUCUCCACUCUUUACAUCCCCCCUCCCCCAAUCACAAGUCAACCACUCUUAUCAAUCUAGAAGAUUGAUGGCAGCAGCAUUCCAUUUCUUUGCUUUACUUGGGCAUUGCGCUUCAUGAGAGAACAUACCUAUCUGCCCAUAUGAGAAUCAUCUCCAUAUCUAGGAAGAAUCAUUACUUCAACCUCCAGGAAAUCAACUCGAAGGAGGAUUCUUCUUCUACUUGUACAUUCUUGAACACGGCCAAAAGUUCCAUGGAACGAUUAGUUGCGAUAAGGACCCGAGUAUAUUUGUGCCUAUCGCUUUAACGUAGGAAGGACAGAGAUAGGAAACCGCUCUGCUUACAGCUUCAAAAGGGUUAAUGGUCUAGGGUAACAUUCCCUCAGAAUUGGCAGCUAGAAAGGAUAGGUCCGCGCGUGUGUACUCCGUAAAUACUUAUCGGAUCGGAUAAGCCUUGUCUACCGGCUACCAGGGACCCGCAGCGCACCACCGUACAUCGCAUCAAUACCCAUCAACGGAUUGAUACGGAUAACGUCGAGGGGAUAAGCUGAGGAUCCUGCCCCUCUCUCGCGCUGGAUGGCUGACGUACGGGAUGCGGGUCAUGUUGAUGGAGGAUCGUCGUCCUCGUUGAAUAAUGUCAAGAUCAAACCGGAGAGUAAUGUGACGACUGAUCGGGAAAGCUCGACGUCGAAUAAAAGAUCGAGGAGUAGCAGAGAUGCCGCUGCGAUUAAGAGAAGGUGUGUUUCAACAGCUUGUGUCGCAUGUAGGAAGCGCAAAUCCAAAUGCGAUGGAAACACACCAAGUUGCGCAGCUUGCUCAAGUGUAUAUGGGACUGAAUGUGUAUACGAUCCCUUAUCAGACCAUAGAAGGAAAGGCGUAUAUAAAGAAAAGAUCGAUAGUCUGAAGACUCGAAAUUCUACUCUACAAACAUUGAUACAAGCGAUAUUGAAUGCCGCCGAAGAAGAUGUGCCAAAUUUGGUCCGCCAAAUCCGGACGUGUGAAAGUCUCGAUGAUGUAGCGGAAAACAUUCUGAAACAAGACCAAGCCUUCGAAGACGAUGAUGAUGAUAUGGACGAUAACAUAGCAUUUACGUCAUCUAGUUUGCCGACUUUCGAGACUCAAUUAUCGGGAAAGAUGGGUGAAUUGAGGUUAGAAAAUGGUUCGGUAAGGUUCUUGGGAGGCACCUCGAAUUUGAUUUAUGUCGAUGCAGCGAGUGUUGAACAUGGGGACGCUUUGGAAACGACUCAACAAGAGGAACCUCUCCUGUCAUGGACUACAGUCACAAGUGAUACAGAGGUCAUCGUUCAUUUGAUUAAUAUGUAUUUUACAUGGCACUAUCCAUAUUUUACGACAUUGAGUAAAACGCUGACUUUCUUUUGGUAUGUUUACUUGCCAGACACUGGCUCAUUGUGUUCCACAUUCAAAACAGCCAGGAUUAACGGAAUCCAGGGAAAACCUCCAGUGACUCCAAAAAGAACAAUGUACUGUUCAUCAUUAUUAGUCAAUGCUAUGCUGGCUCUGGGGUGUCAUUUUACAAACUCUCCCCAAGCCUGUGCAGAUCCAGGUGAUACCGCUACUAAAGGUGAUCAUUAUUUCGCGGAAGCGAAAAGACUAUUUAUUGAGAAUGAAGAGUUCGAAAAACCGAGAUUGACUACCAUACAAGCUCUCUGCUUGAUGUCAGUUCGUGAGGCAGGUGCAGGCCGAGAAGGAAAAGGGUGGGUCUACUCUGGAAUGGCAUUCCGAAUGGCUCAAGAUAUGGGUCUUAACCUGGAUUCCGGAAUCAAUAAAAACAGUCCAAAGGAAUUUCCCGUUGAUGAAGACGAAAUCGAUGUUAGAAGAGUCACAUUUUGGGGCUGCUUUCUCUUUGACAAAUGUUUCUCGAAUUAUCUAGGAAGACUUCCUCUGUUAUCGGUGACUGACAUCACCGUCCCAAAAUAUGAUGUUAAAAAAUUCGAUGACGAUGAAAUCUGGUCACCUUACACAGAUAAUGGAAUUGGUCAAUUAAACUCCCAGCCAUCAAGGACAAGAGCUGUAGCUUUACAGAUUUCGAGUCUGUGUGAGAUUAGUAGUGAUCUUCUCACAUUUUUUUACCAUCCACAAAAUGUUGAAAGGGGUGUUGGAAGAUCACAGGAGUUAAAAAAGCUUAGCGAACUACAAACAAGACUCGAGGCUUGGAAGAGAGAUUUACCCAAGGAAUUUGAACCAAAGGAAGGACAAUUACCUAACGUCCUUCUUAUGCACAUGUUUUUCCAUCUUUUAUACAUCCAUCUAUUUCGGCCGUUCCUCAAAUACAAUCCAAGUACAUCGCCUUUACCGACACAUGUAUCUCCCCGAAAACUUUGCACACAAGCUGCUGGCUCGAUAUCCAAGUUAAUGCGUCUUUACAAGCGUAUAUAUGGACUUCGACAAAUUUGCAACAUAGCAGUUUAUAUUGUUCACUCUGCUUGUACAAUUCACCUCCUAAAUCUCCCAGAAAAGACAGCGAAGAGAGACAUAAUUCACGGAGUCAAACAUCUUGAGGAAAUUGCCGAUGAUUGGCUUUGUGCACGCCGUACUCUUUCAAUCCUCUCUGUUCUGGCUCGAAAAUGGAGUAUCGAUCUUCCUACGGAAGCAUCAGCUGUAUUCUCUCGUACUGAUAGCAGGUUUGGGUAUUUCUCAACAGCUGAUGUUCCAUCGCCGAAAGCAGAGAUAAUAGCGACUACACCAUCAUCAUCAUCGUCACCUACUCAUUUCCAGACUACUGUGCAUUCUCAACCGCUCCUUGCAAGAAGUCAAACCCAGUUACAACAGAGUUUGUAUAGCUAUCCUCUCGAUUCAGAAGUUCCACUUACGCAGAGUUUGAUAAGCGAUUUAUCAGCGCAGUCUUCGCUGCCCAGACUCCAAAAUGUUGUCUCGCCACCAUCCGAUCAUACAGAUUCCAUCUCAUAUUCUACGACAACAAAUCCCCUUCAUAUGUCACCUGUCUCUGCAUAUCCCCUCUCUCGUACAAUCUAUACCAACCCGACUCAACCUUUCGCUCCUAGUAUCACGAAUGCUACUUCUACGGCUAAUAAUAGCCCAUUGACUAGUGGGAAUAGAAGUGCAAAUAGAAAUGUUAGCCCUAGUACACUGUUCGGUGGGGUGGAGCAGCUAGUUCAAAGUCAGGAUUGGUGGUUGCGGGAUCAAGCGAGUUUAGUAGUUGGGUUUGAGAAUUGGAUGGGUGGAGGUGUUGGUAUCGGUACAGGGCAUAGUCAUAGCUUGAGUGGUGAUCUAGGCACUGGGACUGGCAACCCGUUUUAUGAUAAUGGCAACCCCAAUUCUGGGAACGGCGGUGGUAAUACAGGUGCAGGGGGUGGCGGGGGCGCUAAUAGAGGAUUUAGGGAUGACGACUGGUUCUCAUAAUUGCUAUGGGUGUUUUGAUAUAAUACGAUAUGAUGUAAUACGAUGCUACUAGGAUGGAGUUGAGAAGGGAUUCUGUCGGGCUUUGACAGGGUGGUUAGGGUUAUGAUGAUCAAUGGUCAUGAUCGGGGCGGAAACAGGAGCCUGGCAUGAAUUCAGCUUAGGAGUUUUGUGGGAUACCUGUGUUCUUGUCACAGUGGAAUAUUUUGAUUUUUGAUAAGAUGAGGAUUGUAUGUACCAAUGAUUCAUUAUAUAUAGAUGUGUAUUUGGGAUGAUAUGGUAUGGUAUGGAAAAAGAUGGAGCAUAUUAGUACGGAUAAGGUAAAUAAUUUGGAGUAGAAAAAACAUUCGUAUUCGAUGGUUGGUUGGUUCGUUCUUUGAGACUAAAAUGGGGUUGGAAGGAAUGGAUGGUAAGUUUUUGGAUAUGGUAAAAAGAGUGAAGGUUGGCUGGAAGAUGAACCGACUCCCUUUUCUCCUAUUUCAAGGAUACUACUAGUAUGUUGAUAUUGAAAAAUGAUUGUUUCGAGUGAAUGGAAUAUAGAUUGCGC